ACCAAUCUCUGCCACACGCCUCACCUCUUUUUAUGUCUCAGAUUUCAGACAAUCUCUCUCUCUUUCUCUCAUCAGAAACCCUAGAAAUGCUCACUCUAUCUUGAGAUUCAAACGCUAAAAUCACUCACAGAUCUUCGCACCAAUCACUCCCAAACCCAAAAAUGGCUUCAAUCAAAUCCGCUGCAUUGCGAUACAGCUCUUUCGAUUCUCGAUCUUCGACUCAGUCUCACCAGUCCGAUCCAUCGUCCUCCACCGAGCUCAACAAACCCAAGCAAUCCUCCCUCAAACGCCUCAUCGCCGGAUCCACCGCCCGCCGGAGCCAAUCUCCGGCCGCGGCAGCAGAGCACAACUCUUCGCGUGCCAUCGUCAAGGCCAAAUCGUCGGACGUAGCUCAGGUGAGAGUGAAGAACGAUGAGAAUUUUAGUGCAAUGGUGAAGAAAUUGAUAGAGAAGAGGGCGGCGAAGCCGAAGAAGGCGGCGAAUUUGGUCAUUCCGGCGGAUUUUAUAGCGGAGGAUUUGAAGAAGACUGCAAAGAAUGGGUCGAAUUUCUCCGGUUUGCAUCGGAAGCUGUUUGGAAAGGGGUUGGGGUCGGGGUCGGUGGGGAGUGAGAAGAAGGCUUUGACGGAGGUGAAAUCGAAUACGAGGACUCUGGCUAUGGUGCUUAGGAGUGAGAGGGAGCUUUUGAGUCAGAAUAAGGAGCAGGAAGGAGAGAUCACUGAGCUCAAGAUGAUGCUAGAGGGGAAAAACAGAGAGGUUGAGAAAUUGAAGGAUUUGUGCUUGAAGCAAAGGGAAGAGAUAAAGGCAUUAAAGAGUGCCGUACUAUUCCCAGAUGUGAUGAAUUCACAAUUUCAGGAGCUUUUGGAGAAGCAGGGCUCAGAACUAAAGCAGGCAAAACAGCUUAUCCCUAGUCUCCAAAGGCAGGUCGCUUCUCUUACGGGCCAACUUCAUUGUCUCGCAGAGGAUCUUGCAGAGGUGAAGGCAGAUAAAUAUUCAGUGAGUGGGUGUUAUGAUGCUCAUGUUAGCUCUCCAAAGACACCAGCAUAUGAUCAAGAAGACGCCACUAAUUCUCUGGAAUUCAGCUCUGGGGAUCACACCAUUCCCGGCAGUCCCGAUGACAUGUUCCUCAAGGACUUAAAUCCCUGUUUAACACCUUAUUAUGCCAAGACAAAGUCCAAGGAGUUUGAGGCGAUGGGUUAUGAUUCACCACAGGAUGAAAGAUUUUCUGGAAACAAUAUGCAGUUGUGCCGUGAGAUUGGUUUCGACUCCUGUGUUAGGAAACUAUCAAAAAGUUCUGAUCGUUACCAAUAUUCGAACUCUGGGAGCACUUCCACCCAAGCAGCUCACAGAUGAGAUGAAAUCUUGAAAGCAAGUGCACAUAUGGAAAGCAGAUGAACCAUAAAAGUUCUUGUGAGUUAUUUAUUUGGCAGCCUAGAGUUUGCAUCUACAAGAGCAUUUUCCUUUAUCCAUCAAUCCUCGUUUUUGCAUAUUGUGAACUGUAAUUUUGGUCAGAAUUAUAUUUGUUAUUAUAUGAUACAAAGAUGCACUAGCCAUUUUCAUUUGUUUCAGCAGUAGAAGAGGUUAAAAUUGUUCC